GAAAAAAUAAUAAUUAAAAAAAAAAAAUCUAAUAUUUAAAAAAAGCGAGAAAAAUGGAAAUCGAUUUCGAAUAAGCCUAAGCAAUGUUUAAUAAAAAAUGAAUUAUAAAUUUUGUCACACAUCUCAAGCUUAAGAAAAUGAAAGUAACAACAAUAACAAUUUAGAGGGAAGAGAAAAACAUUAAAAACACAAAAAGAAAAAAAGUCAUAAAUCAUCUCGAAGUCGUUCACAUUCUCAAAAAAAAAAAAGCAAAAAGCAAAAAUCAUCCAGAAGCAAAUCUCAUAGAAAACACAAACAUAGAUCCAGAAGUGCUAAAAAAGAAAAGAAAUCAAAACACUAAAAUCGUAAGAAUUCUCCUCCUUAAAAAGAAGCUAAUGAACUAUCAAACACUAACUUACCAGAAUAAUAAUAAAAAUAAUAAUAAUCUUAAUAAUCAGAAUAACGUUAAUAAACAUCUGCAGAAAGACUCGAGCGUAAAAAAAAAGAAUUAGAAGAACAAAUAGAAAGAUUAAAUAAAGAAGCUGAAGAAGCUACAAGAGAAGAUCUAACAGUGAUGAUAUAUUAAUUACCUACAAAAGCAGAUGAAAAAGAUAUAUGGAAAUAUUUAGUAAAACAUUGUGGAUGCACAAAAGUUCGAGACAUAAAAAUAAUAAGAGAUCAAAGAACUAAAAAAUCUAAGGGAGUUGCUUAUGCAGAAUUUUAUAUUUAAGAAGAUGUCCAAAAAGCUUUACAAGCAGACACCAAGCCUUUUAUUUUGAAAGGAGAGGAAGUUCCUAAUUCAGAAACAAGGGUUUAACAUUCUUAAGCGGAAAAAAAUAGAGCUGCAUUAGCUGCAAAAUAAAUUAAAUAAUAAAGAGCAGAAGCCUUAAAAGAACAACUCUAGAAAUUAUAAGAUGGACCUGUAAAAGUAUUUGUUGGGGGACUUACAGGCAAAUUAGCUAGUAUGACAGAUACUGAUUUAAGAGAUAUUUUCUAAUAAUAUGGAGAUAUUGAAUCAGUGGAACUUCCUUAGGAUGUAAAUGGUAAAUGUAUUGGAUUUGGGUAUAUUAUUUUCAGUAAAAAAAGUGAAGCUCAUGAAGCUAUAAAUGCAAUGAAUAAUAAAAAAAUUAGUGAUUAAUAAAUUACUGUGGCUCCUGUUUCUUCGCUUAAUCCGGCUUUGGCUGCACAUAUGCCUAUUAUUGCUUUAUCUUAAGAAAAUAAAGUUGAUUUAGAUUAAAAUGAAAAUAAUAUUUAUUUACAUACUGCUUAAAGCAGACUUUAAUUAAUGUAAAAGUUGGCAGGCAACAAUCUUAGUAUUCCUGGACUUGACUAAAGUUUAAGCAAUGGUGUACUUCCUAUACCAGGAAUGAAUAGUAAUAUUAUCCCAAGUUUAAAUAUUGCAAAUAAUCCUUUACUUAAUAAUUAAAUUACUGCAGGAAUCCAUUUAAAAAGACCUUUGUUAAGUCUUGUACCUACUCCUUAUGUUGUUUUAGUUAAUAUGUUUCUUGAAGGAGAAGGAAAUGGAGAUUCAGCUUUCUUUGCAGAUUUAAAAGAAGAUGUCGCAGAGGAAUGUAAAAAAUUCGGAGAUGUAAUAUAAGUUAUUGUAGCUGUAAAAAGUCCUUGUGGAGCUGUUUUUGUUAUUUUUAAUAAUGAAAUUAGUGCUGUAAACUGUGCUAAAAAUAUGGAUAUGAGACUUUUUAAUUAAAGAUAAAUUAAUUGCUAUUGUAUUUCUGAAGAAACACUUUAAGACGAACUAUAAAAUCACCUUUGAAAUUUAUUUACUUAAUUUUUUUUUUUUUUGGAAUAAAAAAAUAAGAUUAUUUUUUAUAUAUAAAAAUGUAGUUUUUUUAUAUUUAUUGUUCUUUUUUUAAAAUAUU